AUGCCGGCUCGGCUUGUACUUGCGCGGACAUUGUCCGACAUAGCAUCCCGCGAGACUGCUCAAGGGAUCGACCUGGAGACAAAGCUUCGGCGUGCUGCUGCAGAGGCUUUGGAGCGUCAUGGAGUUGGUCCCGUGGACAACGAGAUGUUGGAAGCCGUGGCGUGUCAGGCUUGCGAGGUGCUGGAAGCUCACGAGGGCACGGGCACCAGCACUCAAAGCAUUACAGAGGCCCUGGUGCAGGCUUUGACUCCGCUGCUGGAGGAGGUCGAUUGCAAGGUGCUCGACAUCGUAUCAUCUCUCAUGUGCGCUGCGGAGCUCGCAGAUGCCGUGAAGGAGCUACCGACGCAGCUGUCUUUGCCUUCUUUGCGGGGUGCGCGUCCAAACGCAGCCCCAAAGGAGUACCGCAAGCGUGGUGAUGUGGAGCGUGACAGGGCCACCGAGUACCUUCGUGAACAAGCAGUCGAGGUCAGCCGCCAGAACGAAGUCGAUGCUGCUCGGGCCCGCGAAGUCGUGGACUUCCGACGCUGGCCACAGGGAUUGCCAAAAGAGGACAUCGGCCCCGCACCUGGGCUCGUUCCAGCGGGUGAGGCAGCGAAGUCGGAUUCGGACGACGAUGAGGACGAGAUCACCCGCAAGGACAGGGAGAUGACGAAGCGGCGACUUCGUGAACUGGGGCAGCCUGCUACGUUCUUCGCGGAGACAGACGCGCAGCGUUUCCGAAGGCUGCAGAGCUGCGAGCUUUCUCGUGACCAGGACGUCUUGGCCGAUGGAUCCACGAAUGUUAUGCAGAUCUUGGAUCGCCGUCAGCAAAGAGAGCGAGAGGCGGCAGGUGGCAUUCGACAAGGCGUCGACAUUGUUGACGCAGAGGACGCGGAAUUUGCCACACUGGAGGGCACAGUUACACGACAUGAGCCCAACGACAAUGACAGCGACUCGGAGGAUGACGGGCCAAAGCUAGCCGCGGUCCUUGGGUCGGAACCGGAUGAGCGCGACAAGGAGCAAGAAGAGGCGCAGCGGAAACUCGACGCGGACGGUAUGCUGAAGAACCGCGACAGUUCCCGAAUCGAGCUGUAUCAGACAUCCUUUGUCGGCGAGUUUGCGCUUGGGGCAUCAGAACUCGUAGGCGUCAGCUCCAGCUUCGAGAUUGGCCAGGAAGGCCUGUUUGGCGUCCAUGUCAAUGUCAAGCAAGCUGAUGGCGAGACAUUGGUGAUGUACCCCAUUUACAGUGGGAUGGCCUAUGUUUCAGGCAGAUACUACGGGGCGACGCCCCAUGUCACAACAGAGAGAAUAAGCUUUGGAGUUGUUCGUCCAUUUAACCAUCUGCAUAAAGUCCGUGAUGGUGUUUGGAGCGUCACGACAGGCCAUCAUCACCUUACCAACACUCCGGCCGAGAUUCGUUUGUACGCAUUGACGGAAGACUUGGACUUCGUGGACAGCUCGUUCGAGCUUAACAUAGCAUGCCAGGGCUACUGCAUUUCUAUGAACAAGCAGCUGAACGGCUGGAUGCGUGGUGCCCACGUUCUGGCAAGCCAUGAUGUGGAUGUGUUGGAUGCCCACGCUGCCACUAUCCUCGUGGGAUGGGAUCUGAAAGUUGAACCUGGUGGCAUGGUGAGAUACAAGUUUGAGACGGCCAGGCCAAAGUCUGGACAGUUGCUACACUGGGCUUAUGCUCAUCACGUGAAGAUGCUGCAGCCCGAUGGAAAUGCCAAAGUGGUAGACACACUCAGCGCAAGUCAGGCACCAACAAAGGGACUUAUGCACGGUGUUGUCGGCAAUACCUGGGUCAUGAAGGCGCCGCUGUACAAUGCGACAUCUCGGUUGGAUUUCUUGCCCCACACCGACUUCACCGAGCUGCGCAGAGGGCUGCUCGUCAACGAGACUCGUGCUUCUCUGCGCUGGUUUAGCCAGCCGCUGCACGAGACAAACCUCGCCGACCCACCGAACUGGCGCCAUUCUAUGUUCAAGUCGGAUUUCUACUUCAGCGGGAAAGGCUUCCAGAAGGUAGCGAUGAUUUGCCUGUUGGCGGAGGAACUUCUCACGCAGCAGGAAAUGGAAACGUGCGCGAGCUGGCUGGGCACUGGCUUCGAGUGCAUCUUGAGUCGGUCCAAGGGUGAGUCCACAUCCUCGGAUUGUGUGGGGGCACCUGGGGGCUUGUACUAUGAUGAAGUCUGGCGUGGUCUGCCCAGCCGGGUGGGCUACAACCAGGCCUCGAAUGCAAACCCUGUCUUGCACUGCCUGCUUGCGGACUUUGGGAAUUCCUGCUACAACGACCACCACUACCACUUUGGAUACUUCGUCGUGGCCGCAGCAGUUCUAAUCAAACUGCAGCCGGAGUGGAAAGACAAUUCUGGCUUUGUGGAUUUCGUGAGCGGGCUGAUUCGAGACACGUCCAACCCCAGCCGGGAUGAUCCUUUCUUUCCGCGCUUCAGAUCUUUCGACUGGUUCGACUUACAUUCCUGGAGCCGGGGACUUGCUCCCAAUCCCGAUGGCAAAGACGAAGAGUCAACGUCGGAGGAGCUCAAUUUGCAUUACGGUAUCUACCUGUGGGGCAGGGAGAUGGGCAACGAACAUUUGCAGCAGCUGGGUGCUACGAUGUUGGCUCUGGCAACCACGACGGUGCAGGAGUUCUUCUUGAUGGGGAAGAACAACCCGCACCAUCCACAAGACUAUGCCAGGAACCGAGCACCGGGAAUGCUGCUCCAGAACAAGGCGCAAUACGCGACUUACUUCGGCAAUAAGUUCGAGUACAUACACGGAAUCCAGAUGAUCCCGCUUUCUCCUGCACUGCUGCUAGCUCGGACGCCGACCUUCAGCCAGCUUGAAUGGAGUGAAAUCCUUUGCCACUUGCCUCUUUCACCGGCCGAUCCCUGGACACCAGUGCUGCUCACUGGUGGUCUUGCGAUGUUCGACUCCGACAAAGCACUGGAGCUUCUGCUGCAAGUGCGGCAAGAGAGCAUGGAUGAUGGCCUCACGCGUGCUUGGGCCCUGUACUGGACUAGCGCACAGCCGCAGCACCACGAGACUUGGAGCUGCGGCAAGCCUCCGCAGCACACCCCUCGUGCAUGUCCGACAGGACACUAUCGUGAUGGUGCACAGUGCAUACAGUGCCCACCUGGCACAUGGAACGAGCUGCGGAACCAGACGGGCUUCAGAGCUUGCAGGCAGUGUGUUGCCGGACGCUACAGCUCUCAGGCAGGGCUUACCAGCAGCGAUUCGUGCACGCCGUGUCCUGCUGGGACCUGGUCAGUGGCAGUUGGCGCACAACUGCCCGGCGUUUGCAUACCUUGCAGCAGGGAUCCCAAGGCUCACCCAUCCUGUUCAUCGAGGACAGAGAGCGGCGAGGUCUCAGAAGGUGACGGGAGCCAUAGACCUGCGACGAUGGAGGAGGAGCAAAGCACAACGCCUCCAAAGGCAGUCAUGAUUGGAAGCCCCAUGUCCGCUGCGCGCUACUCUUCCCCACGUCGAGCGGCAGUUCUAGCCUUGAUGGCUUUGAGCUACGCCUUCAGCGACUUAUUCGGUCUGUGA